GGCAUUUUUGAGCAAGAAACCACUUAUGUGGUAAGCGCCGAAUGGUUCAGGAGCGCCGAUAGGCAGGACGGAAUAUUUGUCUUGAUUAAUGGGUAAGCGCCACUGUAUCGACCAAGUGUGCAGGAGAUCGAGCGUCACUUUUAGUCGAUCAGCAUCCUCUAGAGAGGAUACAUCCUUCCAUAUCUUUAGAGCAGCCGUAUAAAUCAAGCAAUCCGGUUGUAGCUCAGACGGCAGAUCGUUGAGGAAGCUAUUGAAGAGUUGGGGGGCCGAGGACGGAGCCCUGUGGAACACCGCUGAGCAUAUGCACAGUAUCGGAAUACGUUUCGUUCACUCUCACCAGCAUGGAACGAGUGUGCAUGAAAUCGGAAAUCCAGGAGAGAAAGUUUCCAGUGACACCGAUUCCUCGGAGUUUGUAGAGAAUCUGUUCAUGAGGGACCUUAUUAAAUGCUUUACUGAAGUCCACGAACACAACAUCCAUUUGUUUGCCAAUAUCCCAUCAAUUUGUCAAUUUUUCUCUAGCCAUAAGCAAGUUAGUAGAGCAAGAGCGAGAUUUGCGACAACCAUGUUGGGCACUGGAUAUCAAAACAAAAAGGGAAUGUCAAAGGGUUCGGGUCGGUAAAGUGGCUUCGCACGUUUUCACAUAUCUGUGAUUUCUCUCGAAUCUGCA